AUGGCAGAUAAACAACAAGGAAAGAAUUUCAUAAAUAAAAGGAUUAUUUUACAAGUAGUAUCAGGUUAUGGAUUUGCUUUGAUCAAAGGAUCUAUUGUGGUACAUGGAACAUUAAUGAAUAAAGGUUUAGAAACUAAGAUAAUUCCUGGUAAUAACAAUGUGUUAAAAUUUGCCUCUGAAAUGGUAUGGAAUAUGGAUAAUGCUACUCUAAAAGAAUUAAAAAUGUCCAAUGCAUCGAUAAGAAUAAAUUGCUAUAAUAUACCUAAUAAUAAAUCUAAUGCAAACAUAAGACUUGGUUACCUUAUGUUAAAAGUAAAAGAAGCACAAAUUAUGAAUUCUACAUCAAAUGAUCGUAUUCUACAGUACAAUGUUCUUAUAAAUUAA